AGGAAUAAGUUAUUAAGUUUGUACUGUAAGUGACUCCGUCUUAUUUUUCUCCACUUUGACCAUAUAUAUUUAAAUGUAUAUUGAAUUUAAUACAAACUCGUUAGAACGCUGUUAAACGAAAACAAAUACCUAAAACCGCAAAUUUGCCUCAAUAAAUCCAAACAACUUUUAUCGAUAAGUACAUAUAUUUUGGAAGAUGACACAACAAUUCGCAGUCGUUUAAAACUGUGUACAUUUGAAUCGCCGUCAUGUGAGUGGAUUUGACGCCAAUCAGUGACAACGUGCUGCAGCCGUGAGUGUGUGAACGCGGGCCGGGAGACUAAGUUUAACGUUUAUGAAAAAGUGGACUUUUUUUUUUUUUUUUUUUUUUUGUACGUCGGAGCGUACAGUAGACCGUGACCUUGAGUCAUUUGAACCCACGCAGUUUGAAGAAGUCACGAGGUUGUAACUUUGAUUCGGUCAGAGCUGCGUUGUCAUGGGUAAAGUUGAGGCUGACAGCAUGUCGGAGGAGGAGAAGGUGCCCACGAAGGCUGUGUUCACCCAGUUACCACCUGAAAACACGUUUGCCGACACAGGCUCUUCUGGGCCUGAUGAUAUGUUUGACGAUGACUCCUACUCCCUGUCCUCACUCUCCUCGUCAUCAUCGUCCUCCAUCCACGCUUUGUCCUCCAUGCAAGGGAGAACUCGGUGUACUGCCUGUGGCCUGGAAAUACUGGACCGGUACCUGCUCAAGGUCAAUAACAUGUGUUGGCAUGUGCGCUGCCUUUCCUGCAGUGUGUGUAAAACAUCACUGGGGCGACACGUUAGCUGCUACAUCAAAGACAAACAGGUUUUCUGCAAACUGGACUACUUCAGGAGGUACGGGACCCGCUGUGCUCGCUGCGGCCGUAACAUUCACUCCAACGACUGGGUUCGCCGGGCACGAGGAAGUACUUUUCAUCUGGCCUGUUUCUCCUGCACCUCUUGCAAGCGUCAACUGUCUACAGGAGAGGAAUGUGGAUUUUUGGAGAACAGGGUCUUCUGCCGGCCACACUAUGACAUUGUCGUGGAGAAUAUAAAACGUGCUAAGGAAAAUGAUCACCCAAAAACAGACAUUGAAGUGGCAGAUAAGGAUGACUCCAGUGCCACAUCAAGACCUGCUAAGAGAGCCAGGACCAGCUUCACUGUUGACCAGUUACAGGUAAUGCAAGCACAGUUUGUUAAAGAUAACAACCCAGAUGCUCAGACUCUUCAGAAACUUGCAGAGAGGACAGGGUUGAGCCGCAGAGUUAUUCAGAACUGCCGCGCUCGUCAAAAGAAACACAUCGUUCCAAAUCCUGUUUCAACUGUUAUGAGCGCUCUCACUCCUGGUCAACUGACGCCACCUCUGAUGGAGGAGCUUAAAUACACAACCUUUAUCUCACCAGACACUCAGCUCCUCACUACACUGACAUAUAUGGAUGGUCUUGACACUCUUCUGCCUCAGCCACUCAUGCCUCAUCCCCUCACACAGCUGCCAGUGAGUCACACCUGAGUGUGAGCCCAGCUCCUGCCUUUCUGAGAAACAUGAAGAAAGUCAUUGAAAUCAAACUCCACAGAUUGGGGUUCAGAACGUUGACUGUCGAGCACACACAAAAAAAAGACUAUUUAAUUUUCCUUGCAUUAUAUUGAGGCACUGGAUUAGUUUCAGUCAAUUAAAAAGGUAUUUAUAUUUGAGCAAGAUGAAAAAAAACACAAUUAUUAUAUGUGAGUUUAAAUUUAUGUACAUUUUUAUGUAUAUGUUGAAUAUUUAAUUUAUUUGAGAAAUAAGGUGUGGCAUUUCACUGAAAAAGAUGCCAAAAGACUUUUUUUAUUUAUGUUUUUUAUUUUUCCAUUGUAACUGAUAUAUCAGUUGUCACUAACAAAUAUGGUUAAACUAGUAAGAAAGUAAAACAUUUGGUUAAACUUUGUAUUAAAACCAUUGGAGAUGG